AUGGCACACAAUGAUGCCGCCUCUCUCAAAAAACGGGUUGACAAGCUUAUGGUCAGUAAACUUGAGGAUGAUGAGGUAUGCGAUCCGUUUUUUUGUCUUAUUUAUGUUUAGGAAUUUAUUGAAACCAUGAAUUAUGUGACAGGACUGAUUCCUGAACACACAAUUGAUGAGAGGAAGCUUAGGCUGACAUUACAAGAUCGAGAGCUGCAAAUGAAUCGAAAAUUUCUGGAGAAUUUUGAGAAAGUAAGAUCCGAUAAGAUGGAUAAUAUAUUUUUAGAUGAAUGACUCGGUUCAAGAGUUUGUUGACAAGAUCGAGACAAUGAAUUUGAUCUGUACGGAGCUGACGGCGAGAAUCCAGACGAAUAAAGAGAAAACGAGGGAUUUAUUGACCAAAACGGCGAGUCUUCAACAAGCCAAGUAGGUCUAGCACAAUAUAUGCCAUAACUCAGCUAGUAGUGGGUUUCGUUUGUUGAAAUUGUACACAAAGAACGUAGGCAGGAUUUUUUUGUGUUUUUAAGUAUUUUGCGAAACGCGGUACCAAUUAGCAUCUUUGCCUGAAUUUUUAUAUUAUUUUAUACCUAAAAAUGUCAUAUUCAGAAAACAACUGGUCACUGAGAGGAACUACAUUGACGACUUCUUCAACAAGUAUUCUUUGACCAAUAACGAAGAGAUCAUCCUUGGUAGUGCUAUUAAUGAAGGUCAAAUUAGCGAUCCUUUCUUCAAAGUUCUCCGAAAACUGAGCGUAAUCCAGCAAAAUAUCAGCUCGGCACUCAGUGUGGAUGCAGAGAGCACGGCUUUGUAAGUCUUUCUUCGUUUUUCAUAUUCCGAGUUUAGACAAGAAAUGAAGAGACAGGUGGAGGAGAAAGAUCAAGCCGCUUUCAAUGCCCUCUUCUCCUUUGCUCAAAGGGAAUGUCGGUUGUUGAAUGUGGAGUUCCUCGAGCUCAAGCCGAUUCUGCACAUGGCUUUGGAAGCUCUCCAGCCCAGAGAGAAGUUAUUCGAAGUGGUUUUGGAGGAGUACAGUGCGGCCAGAAGGUCUUUUAUCGUCCGAGCUUAUAUUGAUGUAAUGACCAAAGGAAAAGGCCUCUCAAAGCCGAUUGAGAAUCUCUCUGCUGAUCCGUUGAGGUGAGAAAUACUCAAUGAAACAUGACUUCUUUAUCUGGUUGGAUAAUACGGCAUAUUCCAAAUUUUUAGCCGUUAUAUUACACUUGACAUUUUAGGUAUGCAAGUGACAUGCUUGCAUGGAUCCAUCAAGCUUUAGAAGGUGAAAUUGAACUUCUUCAAGGACUUUUAAAGUCAUGUCCCCCUGAAGUUAUCACUCCCACAUCAAAGAAGACCCUCUCCAACAUAUCCGAAGCCCUUUGUCAGCCAUUAAAACUUCGAAUUGAACAAAAUUUAUCAAGAGAAACCAAUUCGGUAGUACUCUAUCGACUUUCUUCGCUAUUUUUGUACUAUUCACGACAUUUUGAGUGAGUUUUGAAAUAUUUUUUGGUUUUCUUUUCAUAAUAUUUUAGGUAUAAAUUUGAUGAUUUUUUACAGAAAUUCUGCAAAUUCUGAGUCAAUGCUGGUUAGAACGUUGAAGGGCCUUCACGAACUUGCUUCUAAUAUGUUCUUCAGCGUUGUCAGCAGCACAGUGCAAAAGAUUUUGAAUAAUGUAAGGGUUUUUGACCUUAUUUUAGGUAUUUUUUUGCUGAAAAAUCAAAUUUUUUGAUGAAUCUGGCUGCUUGCGAUCUAAAAUGAGUUUUGGAAUUUAGAUGUCAGUCCCGGACUACGAUCUUUUACCAGUCAAUGCCAUCAAUCAGACCCUUUUCCUUCUCCGAGACAUCCUGGAAUCACAGAAUGAUGGAGCCUUCACAGCCAUUGUGGACAAGAAAGAAACCUAUGCCCGGAUUUUCAGCCACGUCUUGGACCCGCUGAACCAGUCAAUCCAACUUGUUUGCUCCAAUAUGCACAACCCAUUGGACGUGGCCGUUUAUAUGUUGAACUGUUUGAACGCCAUAAAGACGGUCAUAAUUAUGUACCAAUACACGGAUUCCAAACUGGAAAUGAUCAAGGCCCAAAUCGAAGCCAAUGAGGAUGUCUUGGUGGGCGAACAGGCCAGCACCGUGCUGAUCAAAUGCUCCAUGCUGGAUAUCUACACGAAAUGCGUGGCCCAUCAAUCCAACCAAGGCCCGUUGUCCCAAAUCCAGGGCAUGGAACCAGAGAGGAUUAGAGAGAGUCUGGGACAGUUUAAGCAGUUCCUUGCAAAACCUGAGGGCUAUCAAGCACAUCAGAUGGUCAAAAUAGCAAGUGCAAGGAGCAGGGAAACGGUGGAGAAAAGGACCGCGGAACAUAUCAUCACGGCGUUUAGAAUCAUCCAUGACAAGAUUGUAGACCCGGCGAAUUUGUAUCCGGAUCUGGGGAUCACCAGUGUCGAAGAGGUAAGGGUUUUGGGAUGUUGUAGUAGCCAUUUGUGGUCGAAGAGGUGGAAGUAGCAAUUUUGUAACGAAAUUUGUGUUAGUUCGACUCGAUUGUUGUAUAAUUAGGACUUUUAGGUGGUAUAGAAUAUGAGAAUCUUAAUUUUGGGAGCUUUUUUAUAUUAUCCAUGAGGGUAAUCUAGCAUAAUGUAGGGUUUUUUUUGGCAAAACACAAAUUUUGUUUUGGGGUUUUUUGGUCUUGGUCAGCCCUUGGGCAUGGUGAAUUUGUCAAUUUUUUCCAGUUUUUGCUUUAUAGUGUCAGAAAAUUAUGGAAAUUUCAUAUUUUUUUGGCUAGUGUAAUAUCAAAAAAAUUUUUUUUGAUGUUUCCAGACAUUUGGACGUUGUUUGUAACGCAUUGUGCAACAAACAAAUUGUUAAUAGGAUUGCUUUAAGAUUCUUAUCACUAAUUUUGCAACUUUUUCCCUUUUCCCUUCCUAAUUUUCCCUUUUUUCAGGUUUCCAAAAUCUUGCUCCCCCAUUCGUAA